AUGAUAACAAGAUGGCAGCAGAAAUCAAGCCAGUGCCCCCAAAUAAGCAGGGGAAUGUCAGGAAACCUGUACUGCUGAGUAAAUUAGAGGGAUUCAACGAUGACGUCAAUAUGGCUGUUAUCAUCCCCAGGGAGGACGGUGUUAUCACAGUCAGCGAUGACAAAACACUUCGUGUUUGGUUGAAAAGAGACACCGGUCAAUAUUGGCCAAGUAUUUGUCACACUAUGCCAGCUGCGGCCUCUUCUCUUGCUUACAAUGGAGUGACAAGGAGAUUAUUUAUAGGAUUGGACAAUGGAACAAUUACGGAGUUCCUGAUGGCUGAAGACUUUAACAAGACAACACAUGUACGAGAUUAUCUAGCUCAUCAGAGUCGUGUCAAUGGUGUGAAGUUUUCGGUGAACUGUGAGUGGGUGUUGAGUUGUGGCCGGGAUAAAUACUUCCAGUGGCACUGCUCAGAGACGGGGAGACGAUUAGGUGGCUACUUGGCUAACGCCUGGUGUCUUUGUCUCGAAUUUGACGAACAAUCAAAGUAUGCAUUUGUUGGUGAUUACUCUGGUCAGAUUUCUGUGUUAAAGAUUAGUAACAGCAAUUUUGAAUUUAUUGUUACUCUGAAAGGACAUUCAGGAAGUGUCCGAUCACUGGCCUGGGAUGCGGAGAAGAGCCUCCUGUUCUCCGGAAGUUUCGACCAGUCCGUCAUAGUUUGGGAUAUAGGGGGACGGCAAGGCACGGCCUUUGAACUUCAAGGUCACCAUGACAAAGUUGCGGCAUUAGCUUACGCGUCCGGUUGUAAACAGUUGAUAUCUGGAGGAGAUGAUACCGUAUUAGGUAUCUGGAGUAUGGACGUUAAAAGAAUAGAGACUCCUACGUGGACAGAGAACGAUAGCUGUGAAAAAUGUAAAGCACCAUUUUUCUGGAAUGUUAAAAAGAUGUGGGAGGAGCGUACGAUAGGGAUUAGACAGCAUCAUUGUAGGAAAUGCGGGAAAGCGAUAUGUGCCAAAUGUAGUAGUAAAAAAUCCAGCUACCCUCCGAUGGGAUUCGAGUAUGAAGUCCGAGUAUGUGAUCACUGCCAUGAUAGUAUUACCGAUGAGGAACGGGCUCCCUUAGCAACAUUCCAUGACAGUAAACAUAGUAUAGUUUACAUACAUUUGGAGGAACACCGCAAGCGGCUACUCACAGUGGGCAAGGAUAAGGUUGUCAAAAUAUGGGAUGUAAGUAGUGUCCUUCACUGAGAUAUUGUCAGCCGUCGUCAUGGAAACCAGCUCUUAAUGCAGGAAAUCCAAAGAAAUUUGAUUGGCUUAAUUCAAAGACACUUGAUUGGCUGUAUUCAAAGACGUUUCAUUGGCUGUUCUGAAAAGGUUUCUUCUUGAGUGGAAUGCAGUGGAAGUGUCAUUGUUUAAACGGUGAUUGAAGUACAUUCAUUUAUGAGAUUAUGAUGGAAGAAACGGACAUCUAUAGAAGUUUACACUACAUAUGAUAUUAUACUGUGCACCUUCAGAAUCCAAGGGUUCAGUCUUAUUUACCUUCUGCCUGUCGUUGGUAAACCAUACAUAUUGUAAUAUUACUGAAGAUGUUUGUGUGGCUGGAGCAGAAACCUUGUAUUUUGAGGAUGAAUGUUACACUGUUACAAUAGAAAGUGCUGAAUUGUUUCAUUAUCAAACUGGACAGAGUCCAUACUAACAGUGAGUGAAUUUGUGUGGCUGUGAGACUUUGUGACCAAUACAUCUAGUUUAAUUCCAUAGUGAGGCUGUGAUUCAUUGUGAGGAAGCUCUACCUGAAUGUGCGACAAAAUUAUAUAGAGAAUUAACCUGGCAAUAAGCCCAUGUCUGGUAAUAAGCUCAUGUCUGGUAAUAAGCCCAUGUCUGGUAAUAAGCUCAUGCCUGGUGAUAAGCCCAUGUCUGGUAAUAAGCCCAUGUCUGGUAAUAAGCUCAUGUCCGAUAGUAAGCCCAUGCCUGGUGAUAAAGCCAUGUCUGGUAAUAAGACCAUGAAGGGUGACAAGCUCAUACUUGAUGAUGAGCCCUUGCCUGGUGAUAAGCUCAUGCCUGGUGAUAAGCCCAUGUCUGGUAAUAAGCCCAUGCUUUCUGAUAAGCCCAUCCAUAUCAAAUACACAUCACUAGCAAUGCUAUUACAGUAAAACCAUGUGACCAAAUAGUUCAUGAUAUCCAAAAUUUUUAGUAGGAUAAAAAAAUAGCUAGGUUGCAGCCUUAUUUCAGGUUUAUAACUAAUACUGGUAAUUUGUACCAAGCUCGUUCAUCAUAAGAAAGUUUAACUGUAUAUGCUAUUGUCAAACAAUGCCCUCAUUACCUGCUACUUUGGGCCAGUUUCUUUAUGAGUGGGCUACAUGUGCUUAUUACUGGAUAAAUAAGGUCUAUUCACUGUAUAUACUACAAACACAUUGUGUAGCUGUAAAUAAUUUAAUUCAUUCAAUGACAAAUCUUCAAUGCAUAAAAAACCUUUCAAAGGAAUAUCUAAUGUGUGAUUCUGAUCAGUUUUCAUCAGUUUUUAUUUUCUCUUAAAAGUUAUGUAUUGAAAUUCCCAAUAAAUACCAAUGAUUGAUGUUUGGGUUUGGAGAAAUAUACUAUUGAGCUGAUAUUACAAACAUUCAAGGUUACACCUUUCAGGUAAUUGUUAUUUUGUAACUUUGACCGAGCCUAUCUACAUACCUACACCGAGGUAUAGUUCAUGUACUGUAAAAACCUGUGUAAUUAAAUUGUUAAGGUAUUUUUUGGGGCUGAAAAUGCUGGAAAAAAACUUCUAUCUGUAUAUUUUGCGCAUGAAAAAAUUUGACCAAAAACAAUGUCAAGGAGGUCCCGGAAACGAUGUAUGAAAAUGACACUAACACAGAUUAGUACAAAACUUUGCUUAAAAUCAUUCUAAUAAAUACAUGAUGAUUAAAAUAAUUUGAUCAUUUUGUGUUCGUAAUGAGGAAAUAGCAAAAUUUUCUAUUUAUCACAUAAUUCACCUAUGACAAUCUAUCCACUGAAUUCACCAGGUAAUGUUUUUUUUUUUUUGUAUAUAUCUCUAUUCUUAUGUAUCCUGGAGAGAUUUUUGAUGGCUAUGCCAGUCUAUUGAUAGUAGACGUUAAACAAUACAAAUUCUAAACACUAGUCAGAUUUGAUUUUGACGUCAUAAUGCAGCUUUUGUUGAUGUCAUAAUGCGACUUUAAAAGCUGUCAAUAUGUCAGUUUUUCUGACUUAUGUUCUAACAAAUAUCAAUUUUCUGACUUUUGUUCUGAAAAAUAUCAGUUUUACGACUUUUUUUUCUGAAAAAUAUCAGUUUUCUGACUUUUGUUCUAAAAAAUAUCAGUUUUCUGACUUGUGUUCUAAAAAAAUAUCUUAAUCUUGAUUUAAUUUCUUACAUUGUAUGAGAUUUUAGGAAACUUAUCUUGAAGUUAAAUUGUUGCCUAGCAUGGCCUGCAAAAGUAAAAACUGAAUUCAUGAAAUCUGAUAUGAAAACAAUUUAUGGUACUACAUUUGUAUAUGUAUAUGCAUGAAGUGAAACUUGUAACAUUUGUUGACAAUUGUAUGAUGUCAUGAUUUUUUACCAUGAACAGCUUAACUUGUCAAAUCUACUGACUGGUGAAAUCUAUGGAAUCUUGUGAAUAAAUCCAGUACAGUUAUAUUUGUUGAGAAUUUUACGAAGGUGCUUCCUCUCGUUGGUUGUUAUCUCCCUUUAAUGGUAAAGUUUACCUCAAAUACAUCAAUCACCGAAUAUAUUUAAAACAUUCGGAAGAUAUUAUACUGUUAUUGUAAAGAAAAGAUGAGUAAGAUAUUAUACUGUUAUUGUAAGGAAAGAUGAGGAAGAUAUAUAUUAUGCUGUUAUUUUAAAGAAAAGAUGAAUUUUACACCAGUUUGUAUCUCCUGUCAGUAUAAUCCAUGGAUUUAAUUUCUCUGAAUUUAUCUAUAUGGCAUUAACCCUUUCACCCCUAUUGACCAUAUUGGACUUCAAAUGAUGAAUGAAUGGCAGAGUCCACUUAAGUUUCUUAGGGUUGAAAGGGUUAAGUACAUAAUUGUCCUCAUAAUUUAUAUAAUAUGAAUGAAGUGUUAUGUUGCUGAAGUGAUAAAAAGGCGUUAUAAUAUAUAUUUCUAUCACAAUAAUCCUUGUUUUCUCAUCCACCUCUAUUCAUAUUUAGUAGCUAUCUAAUUUGAAAGAUUAACUGUUAUCUUUGAUGAAAA